GAAAGUGUGACUAUCAAAAAGGAAACUGACCGUAGGACAUUGAGAUCAUUAGGCUAAAUAUGGCCCCGAAUAAUCUGAACAAAACAUACUCUUCUUAAUCUGGAAGUUGGCCUCUUAUUUCACUCCAAAGAAGUGCGUCGUUACGGUCCGUUGGUACUGAGCCAGACAGGAACCCUCAUCAGCUGCUUGUUUCCCCUGGUGGAGGAGGACGAGUCGCUGGAGGAGCAAAUCAAAAUGGCGAGCCAAGAGGAGUCUGUGAGGGAGUUCGUCGCCGUUACCGACGUGGACGAGGAGAGGGCCCGGUUUUUCCUGGAGUCCGCCGGCUGGAAUUUGCAGCUUUGCACUUGCCAGUUCUUCGAGGAUGGAGCUGAUGACGACAUAGUGACUCUUCCUCAGCCUGAGUUGAGCACAUCGGUGUCCCGGUCUGCUGGGCCAAGCGCUCAGCCCAGAGUGACCUCCUUCAGAGAUAUGAUGCAUGAGGCAGAGGAGGAGAGUGACGAGGAGGAAGGCCAAAGGUUUUUCGCGGGGGGAUCAGAGCGCAGUGGGCAGCAGAUCGUCGGGCCUCCCAAGAAGAAGAGCUCCAACGAAGUGGUGGAGGAUUUGUUCAAGGGGGCGAGGGAACACGGGGCUGUGCCACUGGACCGGCCCGGGAGAGGCCCAGGGGAGCCCAGCAAAGCCAGAGCCUUCAUUGGUGGAGGCUACCGGCUAGGCGCUGCUCCCGAGGAGGAGUCGGCCUAUGUGGCUGGCGAGAGGCACGGCGCCAAAAGCCAACAGGAUGUGCACGUGGUGCUGAAGCUGUGGAAGACAGGUUUCAGUCUGGAUAACGGUGAGCUCAGAAUCUACAGCGAUCCUGGAAAUUCCAACUUCCUUGAGGCAAUCAGAAGGGGGGAGAUUCCUCUGGAGCUGAGGCAGCGGUCUCGAGGGGGCCAGGUCAACCUAGACAUGGAGGACCACAGGGACGAGGACUUCUCCAAACCCCGGAUGGCGUUCAAGGCCUUCGGUGGCGAAGGACAGAAGUUGGGAAGUGCCACUCCAGAGUUGAUUUCAGCGGCGACCAACUCUCAGCAGGACCAGCUGGACAACGAGUCCCAAGCGAGCUCCUUCGUGACCCUCGACUCCUCCCAGCCCGUCACCAACAUUCAGAUCCGACUGGCCGACGGCGGCAGGCUGGUCCAGAGGUUCAACUACACCCACAGAGUGUCUGACGUGCGCCAGUUCGUGGUGGGGGCCCGGCCCACGAUGGCCGCCAGAGAGUUUGUUCUCAUGACCACCUUCCCCAACAAGGAGCUGAUGGACGAGAGCCAGACGCUGGAGCAGGCCAACCUCCUCAACGCCGUCAUUGUCCAGAGGCUAAAUUGAGGUGGGUGGGGAAGGAAGACCAACCCCUCCCCUCCUCCCCCCCCCUGGUGGUGUGGCUGAGUAACUGCAGCCCUGUGAAACCUGCUGCCCCUUCUGAGGGAGGAGAAAACACAGACUUAUGUUUGGACUUCUAAUUUUGAAUUUUUUUUUUUCUUUUUUUUUUUUCUAAAGUGAAACAUAACAUUCUGCUCCCCAGUUCACUAAACCCGGCGCGCUUUCUCUCUCUUUUUUUUUUUUAAAACAAGCUCCCCACUUUCCCUCUUCUAUUAACCUUAAUUUGACCCCUUCAGCUGUGUUUACCACCACGUGCUGGGCCCUCAGCAGAGCCACGCAGCGGCAGACUGUCCGUCUCAAUGGCACAAACCAGAGCCACAUAGGGAAUACUAGUCUCAACAAGGUAAAAGUACACGUUGCUAAUGUGCUUUUGUGCACAUUUCCAUCUCUCCACAUAUUCUAUCUGGAGGAGGAUGUGUAAUAGUGUAACAACACACGGGGGGAGGGGGUGUCCAACCUAUACCAGUAGCCUUACGCUCCUUCCUUCCGCUCCAUCGCCACACCUGUCCCUUUGUUUAAAUGAAGAUGGAAUUUUUUUUUUUUAACCCCCCCGCCCCCCGCAGUCUUUACAGACCGUAGGAUUGUCCCAGUUAGCAUUUUGAUAUUAUGUGACAUGACAAGCGGUUACACGCGGCUUUAGUCAAACCAAUGGUUGAGCAAAAGGAACAUUUAGAUUGUAAACACUGGUUUGUAGAAGUGGAAGUUGAAUUCCUGCGACGACACUGACAUCUUCUAUGCAUCCUGGGGCGACACAGAAAUAAGUUUGGACCUCUGGUGAAAUAAAUCCAUUUUAUGGUUGAUGUAUAAAGAA